AACAUCACCCAAACACUCCAACCCAAAAACCAUAACACCAUGGCUGACUCCAACCCCGCCAACUUCGCCAACUUGCCCAAGGAUGAGCUUCGUGAGAUCGCAGCCAAGGGUGGACACGCCUCCCACGGCCCCAACGACGAGUCCCACGCUGACCGCAACCCGGACGGCACCUUCACCAAGGGCUCUGACUUGGCCAAGGAACUUGGUUCCAAGGGUGGACAUGUAGCCCACGAGCAUCAGAUUGAGAAGGAUGGUCGUAACCCAGACGGUACCUUCAAAGCCGGAAGCCAGCUUGCCCAUGAGCUUGGUGAGAAGGGCGGACAUGCCGCUCACGAGCAAAAGUAGACGGCUACAUAUGUAAUGUUUAGUGGGGUAGCGGAACGGUAUGGCAGGCUUGAUGGCUGGCUGGGAACGACCAAGUGGAGGUAGUCCUAGCGUGCGCGUGGCCUCGCCAUGCUUGGUUAUGAUGUAACGAAUGCCAAUGAAAGCAUAUGACUUGUUCUCGUGGAAUGGACUUUGUGAUGUAUGUAAUGUCUAUCGUUUCAGGGAAGCUCCUGCAUCCAAGUCAGCUGCGGUGUACCCAAGUGCAUGGCCAUCCAUUGCAUGAAACGGUGGUUUUGGAAAUUAGUAUGCUC